UACUGUCGCCUUGCCGGCUUGAUGUUUCGCAACUUGGUCGCGUCACUGCAGGUGCUUUCAUAGAAGUUCGCAGGCACUCCACAACCGCCAACAUGGACGACGAUGACUUUGGUGCUGACUCGGAAUUUCUGAGUGCUUUGGCAACUUCUACAGGUGGAGGAGAUUCAGGUCAAAGCAGACAGCGGGCGGCAAAUCGCAUUCAACAGCCCAAACCACAGAAGAUACAGCAGCCGACGCCUCAAAGACUAGAUAAAGCACCGCCCGCUAAUAGCUCGGGGCCAAAGAUUGUACAGCCUACACCACAAGCUUUACCUCAACGUUCGGUAGGAUCAUCCAUUCUAGUGUCACCUCGACAGAAGGGCAACCCCGUAUUGGCAGCUUUGCGGUCUGUUGCGUGGGAAUACAGUGACAUUCCAGCCGAUUAUGGCUUGGGAUUAACGACAUGCGCUCUCUUUUUGAGCCUCAAGUAUCAUCGUCUGCACCCAGAGUAUAUUUAUACUCGCAUACGGAAUCUGCAGGGAAAGUACAAUUUGAGAAUUGUCCUGACCAUGGUGGACAUUCCAAACCACGAAGACUCCCUCCGGGAACUUUCAAAGACCUCGCUUGUCAACAAUGUCACGGUGAUAUUAUGCUGGUCCGCUGCUGAAGCGGCUCGCUACCUGGAGCUCUACAAGUCGUACGAACAUGCCAGCUUCUCAGCAAUUAAAGGGCAACAGGCAACGAGCUACACUGAAAAGCUAGUCGAGUUUGUCACAGUGCCGAGAGGCAUUAACAAAGCCGACGCAGUUUCUUUGGUCAGUGCUUUUGGAAGCAUUCGGAAUGCUGUCAACGCGGAUCCAGAGCAAGUGGCCGUUAUUGGAGGUUGGGGAGAAAAGAAAGUCAAGAGAUGGUGUAGUGUGGUUGAGGAGCCUUUCAGAAUUCAGCAUGCUGCUAAAAGACAUCUUGCGACCAGUGAGAACAGCAAUGUUAUUGACCAGGCUGUACCCAUCAGCAGAGUGCCUUUACGAGAAAUGCCCACGCUCUCGACGGCCGUCUCACAGGACAAUUCAACCCCUCGGCCUCCGCAACCUGAGAAAUCCAAGAGCAAGCCAAGUCAGUACCAAAUAUGGGAUCCAAAUGAUGAUGAAGAGGAUGAAGAAACCAUGAUUGCAGCGGCUAUCGAGGAGUCGAAAAAGACUGCUGCACUGGAGGGCUCAUCAAUUGUUCGACAGCAGGAAGACCAGCUCAGUGAGGGGAUCGCCGCGGCAUUGGCCAAGCUUAGGGACAAGGAUUAAUACCAGGCAAUGGACAGUGUUGGCCGCAAGCAACAAUGCAAUCGAAAUUAUUACAUCCCCUGCAUAACUCCGAAUUCGGCGGGGGCCUGCCCGGGUAUGCCCUGAAAUAUUGUCCCCAAUACCUGGCAUCUAGGCGGAGAUUAUGCUCAAUCACAGCCUAUUUCAGGCAUCUGUAU